AUGUUAAAAAUUAUUAUUACUCAAAUUAUUCACCCUUUAACCUACAUCAUCCCAGUACUAUUGGCCACAGCAUUCUUAACCCUAGUAGAACGUAAGAUCUUGGGCUAUAUACAACUUCGUAAGGGCCCUAAUGUAGUAGGACCAUAUGGUCUCCUCCAACCUAUCGCUGAUGGAUUAAAACUUUUUACUAAAGAACCCAUCCGCCCCUCACAUUCAUCCCACUUUCUCUUUCUAGUAACCCCAACCGCUGCCCUAACCUUAGCCUUACUUAUAUGAAUGCCACUACCCCUGCCUCAUUCCAUCCUCAAUCUUAACCUAGGCUUACUAUUUAUCUUAGCCGUCUCUAGUUUAACCGUCUACACCAUCCUGGGCUCCGGCUGAGCCUCUAAUUCUAAAUAUGCACUAAUAGGAGCCCUACGUGCUGUAGCACAAACUAUUUCCUAUGAAGUUACCCUAGGCUUAAUCUUACUAUCCCUCGUUAUCAUAACCGGAGGCUUUACACUACACACAUUUAAUUUUACCCAAGAAACGAUUUGACUUCUUGUACCCGCUUGGCCACUCGCUAUAAUAUGGUAUAUCUCAACCUUAGCAGAGACUAACCGAGCUCCCUUUGACUUAACCGAAGGGGAGUCAGAACUAGUCUCUGGAUUUAAUAUCGAAUACGCAGGGGGACCUUUCGCCCUAUUCUUCCUAGCUGAAUACUCCAAUAUUUUAAUAAUAAAUACAUUAUCCGUUAUUCUCUUCAUAGGUGUUUCUUAUAGCCCCUCCUUCCCUCAAAUCUCAACACUGAGCCUUAUAAUUAAAGCAACUGCAUUAACCAUCCUAUUUUUAUGAAUUCGCGCCUCCUACCCACGAUUCCGCUAUGACCAACUUAUACAUCUAGUAUGAAAAAACUUCUUACCACUUACAUUAGCCCUUAUCUUAUGACACAUCACUCUACCAACCUCCUUAGCAAGCCUCCCACCUCUCACCUAA